AUUACAUCUUGACAUUCUCCCCUACUUCCUUCCUAAUCCCUUUUUACCACCCCUACUUUCUGCAUUUCUUUCAAAUCUUCUUUUGUAUACAUUUAUCAAGUGAUCUUUUUCUUUUUUGUUCUCUUCAACUGUACGUAAUCCUCUUGCAUGAAUAUCUCUUAUUUGUGUGAACUUAUAUUUACAUGAGUAACACCAUGAGGCCUAGGAUGAAGAUCCAGUUUCACUUGGCUUACGACAGAGGUUAGCUUAAAUCCUAGAUACAUAGAUUUUACGUAGUACGUGUUUUUUUCUCAUUAAUUUCUGUUGGGAAUAAAAACAAAAAUGGAUUUCAACAAAGCUGAAAAAGGAAAGAAAGGAUUAAUCCCCAAAACAUGGGAGAGAUGUAAAUCUUUUGGUCGAAAAAACUCGUCAGAAAAUCGACAUGCUCUGACGACAAAAAAGACCAGAAAAAGAGUUCGAGUGGCUACAGAAGGUUGUUUCUCGGUCUAUGUCGGACAACAGAAACAAAGAUUUGUGAUUAGGACUGAGUAUGUGAAUCAUCCCAUCUUCAAGAUGCUGCUUGAAGAAGCUGAAUCAGAGUUUGGUUAUAACAGUAAAGGUCCUUUGGUCCUCCCUUGUGAUAUUGAUAUUUUUCUCAAAGUUUUGAUGGAAAUGGACUCUGAUGAGAUUAUUGGUCACCAUCGUCAUGGUUGUAGCUUUGCCAGGACUUAUAGCUCUUAUCACCUCACUCCAACAAGAUUUGUUGCCAUGAAUGAGCUUUCCUUUUAACCAGAUAUAUAUAUAUAUAUAUAUAUAUCAAGUUAAUUCUCUGAUGUUUCAAUUGACUACAAUAAAUUUGUCCUUGGGUUAUGUGACCGUGCCAAAAGUAUGUGUACCAUAUGAACGUGUAUGUUUGAUAUGUCACUUCACUUUUCUCUUCCUUUUCAAUGAGAGAUUUGUUAAAGUAAUGUCAUAUGCACCUCCUUUUCGGAAGGUUGUCUAGAAGUACGGCGAUCCUUCUUUACCGGUCGUCAUCAAUCUGCCCUUCGUCAUGAGCUUCCUAAUUUCAAGCGAACAUGACCUCAGAUAGGUCACUCUAAAUUGACUACAAGGUUAAUUAAUACGCCCGUGUUUACAUUUUUACAUAGAUUUUAUUGUUCCAGAAUCUUUUUCUCCCUUCAUGUGUAAAGUUGCAGACUAGUAUUUUUAUGUCCUACCACGCAAGUGGGUAUUCUAAACAAUGGUACCAUACAGAAAAGUAGUGGUAUUUGUGUUAGAGAUU